AUGAGACGAUCUAUUUUGAGCCGCUUUCCCCAGGCCCUGGCCAUCUUUGCGGGCUCUCUCAGUGCCACCACAGCGCAAUCGUCCGAUGCUGCACUGUGGCCGCUGGGCGUCUCAGUGCUAGCCACACUGGGAAAAAGCGGCUCGACAGCUCCUACAGAAGGCUGCAUCCAUUCACCAACGAGUCGGGACUGUUGGAAAGAUGGGUUUGAUCUGUACACUGACUACGAAAGCGCAAUUCCCACUGGGAAACUGGUCCAGUAUAAUCUGACGAUCUCCAACGCCGUCAUGGCGGUCGACGGAUACUUGACAAACAUGACUGUGGUUAAUGGGCAAUUUCCUGGUCCUACAAUUGAGGCUGACUGGGGUGAUACAAUCCGAAUUAGUGUGCAUAAUAAUCUGACCAACCUGAAUGGCACAUCGAUUCACUGGCAUGGAAUCCGUCAAUUUCAAACAAACUGGCUUGAUGGAGUUCCCGGAGUCACCCAGUGCCCAUCUAAGCCGGGUGACACCCAGGUAGUUGAGUUCCGAGCGAUGCAAUAUGGCACGGCAUGGUAUCAUUCACACUAUAGUUUGCAGUACGCGAAUGGUGUGCUUGGCCCUAUUUAUAUCAAAGGCCCUUCCAGCAUGAAUUACGACGUUGAUCUGGGCCCGCUUCUAAUAAGCGACUGGUACCACCAUGACGCUUUUGGCUUGUUCCACUAUGAAAUUGCCUCAGAGCACGCACCCCUGCCAUUGACAACCAUUUUGAAUGGCAAGGGAGUGUUUGACUGUGAUCCGGAUACUGAUUCCCGGUGUACAGGAAAGCAUGAGCGCCAUGAGAUUUUCUGGGUCGACGGGCACAACUUUACUGUUAUUCAGAAUGACUUUGUGCCGAUCAAGCCGUACGUCACGGACGUUUUGAUUGUUGGAAUUGCGCAGCGCUACGAGAUUAUUAUCGAGGCCAAUGCAACGUUCACCCACAACUCUAACUUCUGGAUCCACGGGACCUACUGUGAUGACGACAGUAUGUUAGACUCGAGGGUUGGGAUUAUUCGAUAUAAUGCGUAUAAUCGGCAGGAUCCAUUUACAUUACUGCCCAGCGCGCGUGUCGUCGACUACGGCUGUGAGGAUCCCAAGCCCACCGACCUAGUCCCCAUCGUCCCACGUACCGUGGGCAAGGAGGUAAACGGAUUCACCCCGGCAGACUACCUGCGGAUCGGGCUGCAGAACUGGCCCAAUGUCUCGGACCCAAACAGCCUUAUCCACAAGUGGGUUCUGGUGAACCGUUCGCAGUAUAUCGACUGGCGCGAUCCUAGCCUCUUGCGGCUGGCGACGGCGGACGACGAGCCGCGGCCCUUGUUCCAGCCGGAUACAGUCCCCAUAUACCUGGACUACGAAACAGACGACUGGGUGUAUUUUGUCAUUGAAAAUAACUACACCCUUAGCGAGGCGCACACGCCGCGUACCAUCCCUCGCUCCGUGCACCCCAUCCACCUCCACGGCCACGACUUCCUCAUUCUCGCCCAGGGCACGGGCGAGUUUACCAAGGACGUAGUUCCGAAGUUGGAUAACCCGGCGCGGAGAGACGUGGUUAAUUGUCCAAUCGGGGGGUAUGUGUGGAUCGCCUUCCAGGUUAACAAUCCUGGAGCAUGGCUGAUGCACUGCCAUAUUGCGUGGCACGCGAGCGCCGGGCUCUCCCUGCAGUUUAUUGAGCAGCCUAAGCGCAUUCCCGGAUUGGUGAACCUCUCAGGGGCGUUGCCAGACCUGAAGCAGCAGUGCCAGGACUGGACGGAGUAUUAUAACACGACAAACGUGCCGAAGGGGGCGUUGCAGGACGAUUCAGGGAUUUGA